AUGGGGCAUGCGGAUUCUUCCAUGGUCCCCACAUGCACUCUAAGCGUACCCGUGGUGUCAUGGCGCAGGAGAGCGUUUGGCACCUCCCCCAUCAUGCCUCGUCUGAGGGGAGGGAGGAGCGAGAACUCUAUCCUACUGGACAUUCGCAGCACGGUGCUGUCGCAGACAGAAGAGCUGGAGGAGCUCGUCAGCGUCAAUGCUACUGCUGUGGAGGCACUGGCGAAAGACAUCGAGACAUGGAGGGUUAAGAAAUCGUUCAAAGUUCGAUUCGGUCUUCCACUCGUAUUCGACGAUGUCAAACAGGAAAUCAACUUCUAUGCUCUGCUUGCAACUCUUUCUUUUGGUUCAGGAUGGCAAGAGGGAGUGUGGAGCAAAGCUCCAACAAAGGGCGUUCCAACCCGAGACUCAGUUCUAAACAUGUUGAUAUCCUUGCACAUGGACAGCAAAAACCUCGAUGCUGCGGGACUUGCAGAAGUUUCUCUGUUUGCACUUAGCCAGGCUCUUGAUAUCCCACUGACAAAAGAGAAAAGACUAGAUGGAGGGCCAAUACGGCAGGAUGUUCCGUCGGAUUACCGGUGGCUGGUUGACAAAUAUUACUCAGUUCUCAGCUCGCUGUCGAGUGACUUGACGUCGAGGGGAUUCAAAGACCUCGCAGAUUUCAUUCUCUCUUCAAGAAUGCAUGGGCAUGUCAGGGUGGAUGAAUCUGAUGUCAACUUCAGCGCCUCCCUACUAGUCGAGAGGCUCGUCAAGUGUUUUGAGACGUUUCAGGAUGUGGCGAACGUCGGACAGAGUUCAGUUCCUCUCCACCGUAAAGCCCAGCUGGUAUGCGAAGACCUGGUCGCUAGGUUCGCUGCACGAGAGCACAGGUUGAAUUUCACGGACAUGGAGGACUUGACAUUAGGGAGUGACGCCGAAACUGUCACGUGGCUCCGCAAACUCUCCCUCAUUGAGGUCAGCCCAGCGCUUGCUAAGAAGAUCGAUAGCGACAAGGAGAUUGAGGCGGGGUCACGCGAAGAGGCCGCAUUGCGAGUCGCAGGGGUCAAGGCGUGCAUGAAGCUAGCAGAAGAAAUCAACAAAAUCAACCCCGAGGACACAGUAAGCAAUGUCGAAGUUUGGAGGUACAUUAGCAUGCAAGUCAAAGACCUCUACUUCAAACAGGCUAAGGAGGUACGGCAAGAAGCAAACAACAAAUUUGGUCAAGGAGAGGAAGAAGAAGAAAAGAUCUAUGUUAUAGGGGAGGGCGACGAUAAGAAGAUGUUUCGGUGUAAGAACACGCAGCACUACUGA